UCAAUUUUGAGGUUAUGUCUUUGCUGCAUGUGUGACGGCUUGUUGUUUUAACGAAUUUAUUAAUUUUUAGGAAUAAAUGCGAUUGGAAAGGGAGUUCUAAAGAAUCAAACUUCCUUCCAACAUAGUUUUCAAACUUUAUAUCACGUUUUGCAAAGUUUUAGUCAGAAUGUUUAGCACGUUCAAAUCAUUGAAGCAGAGAACCAGUAAAAAUAAACCUGAACGACAGGAGUUUUUGAAGCUACUAGUCAAUGAAUUCAAUACGACACCAUCUCAAGAAAUGAAGCAACAAACUCUGGCGAACUUGGCAAACUUUGCUUAUGAUCCCAUCAACUAUGGCUACCUGAAGGAAAAUUCUAUUAUCAAUGUUUUCUUAGAUACUCUAAAUGAUGAUGACCCUGUACUAGUAAGAUUUGCAGCGGCUGGACUCUGUAAUAUAGUUUUAGAUCCUGAAACCAAAGAGUAUGUUAUUGCUAAUGGAGGUAUAGAGGCGGUUUCAAGAUGUCUCAGUUCUAAGGACGAACAAACUGUUGAAUCCAGUAUCACUAUUCUGAUGUAUUUAGUUACCAACGAAUCUAAACCUGCAAUUACGAGCCCACAAAUAAUUCAGUGCAUGCUACUCUUCGCUGAUAGUCCAAAUCCGAGACUCUCAAAUCUGGCGAAAGUUUUCUUGGAGGACUACUGUACGCCAGAACAAAUAGAUGCAGUAAAGAAAUCUGUUCAAUUCAUACCGUUGCCAAAUACCUGAGUAAUUUAAAACAGGUCUCAAAAAAUUCUGAUGAAGAGUGGAGAAUUUUUAUCAAAUAGUUGUGGAGAUUACGGCAAAGAAGGGCCUCGAAUUCUAGAGGAUUUUAGAAAGGAUUUCGAAAUAUAUUUACCAGGAUGAAGGACUUUCUUAACAUCGGGAUAAAACUAUAAAUAUCAAUUUACAGACUGCGUGGAGGAUCUCUAGCUUUGCAGGAUUUGGAGAUAUAUUUACUAGGAUGAAGAACUUUCUCGACAACAGGAUAAGACUAGAAAUAUCAAUUUACAGACUACAAGAAAGACCUCUAGCUCUGCAUGAGUUUUGGAAGGAUUUCGAAAUAUAUUAACCUUUAUGAAGGACUUUCUCGACAUCGGAAUGAAAGACAGAAGGAUCUCGAGCUCUGCAGGAUUUUAGGAAGGAUUUGGAUAUACAUUUACCAGGAUGGAGGACUUUCUCGACAUCAGUAUGAGACUAGAAAUAUCAGUCCACAGACUGCAAGAAGGAUCUCUAGCUCUGCAUGAGUUUUGGAAGGAUUUCGAAAGAUAUUAACCAGGAUGAAGGACUUUCUCGACACCCUGAUAAGACUGGAAAUAUCAAUUUACAGACUACAAGAAGGAUCUCUAGCUUUGCAGGAUUUGGAAAAAUAUUCACCAGACUAUGGACUACAGACUAUUUCAAUUCAUAGACUACAAGGAGGAUCUCAAACUCUGCAUGAUUUUGGAAGGAUUUCGAAAGAUAUUUACCAGGAU